GUGCAGCUGCAACUGGGAGGAGAAAAGGGGAUUUGGGGAAUAUUCUUUGUCCUCGCCCAGCAGUUCAAGCAGCACUGCCGGAGAAGCUGUUGUCUCCUCUCAGCGAAUGGAGAGAAAAAACAGCAACUGAAGGCCUUGAUAUUUGAUCCAAGGGCUUCAUUUCAGGAGAGAAAACUGAAGACAACUUCCAGGAUACCAGAAGACAUUUUGAAGGUUUGAUAACUUCCUUCAUCUGGCACCAAAAUGAGCUGGAGCUUCCUCACUCGCCUGCUGGAGGAGAUCUCCAAUCACUCCACCUUCGUGGGCAAGAUCUGGCUCACCUUCCUCAUCGUCUUCCGGAUUGUGCUGACGGCGGUCGGCGGCGAGUCCAUCUACUAUGAUGAACAGAGUAAAUUUGUGUGCAACACACACCAGCCUGGUUGUGAGAACGUUUGCUACGAUGCGUUUGCGCCUCUCUCGCACAUUCGCUUCUGGGUGUUCCAGGUGAUCAUGAUCAGCACACCCACCAUCAUGUACCUCGGGUUUGCCAUGCACAAGAUCGCCCGCAUGGACGACGACGACUACAAGCCCCGUGAGAAGAAGAGGGUACCGAUAGUGAACCGAGGAGCCAACAGGGACUACGAAGAAGCGGAGGAUAAUGGGGAGGAAGAUCCCAUGAUCCUAGAGGAGAUUGAGCCAGAUAAGGAGAAGGAUAAGGAGGCUUCAAAGACUCCCAAAAACAAGCACGACGGCCGGCGUCGCAUCAAGAGAAAUGGGCUCAUGAAGUUCUACGUCUUCCAGCUACUAUCACGAGCUGUCUUCGAGGCGUCGUUUCUCUUCGGGCAGUAUAUCCUCUAUGGCCUGGAAGUGGCGCCGUCCUAUGUGUGCACACGCUCCCCUUGCCCGCACACGGUGGACUGCUUUGUGUCACGUCCCACUGAGAAAACCAUCUUCCUGCGCAUCAUGUAUGCUGUCAGCGCUUUGUGCCUGCUCUUCACCUUGAUGGAGAUCCUUCAUCUCGGCAUCAGCGGGAUUCGGGACUGUCUGUGCGGGCCGCGACCUCGCUCUCCUGCCUCUCGCCAUCCAGCCCAGGCCAGCCAGAGAUCCUCGAUUUGCCGCCAGGCUUCGGCGCCUCCGGGUUAUCACACUGCUGUGAAGAAGGACCCGUCUGGAAAAAUGGGCUUCCGGGAUAACUUGGGAGACUCGGGCCGUGAGUCCUUUGGUGAUGAGGCGUCGACUCGGGAGCUGGAGAGGCUGCGCAGACACCUGAGACUGGCUCAGCAGCACCUAGAUUUGGCGUACCAGAACGAGGAGAACACCCCGCCCCGCAGCAGCAGUCCAGAGUCGAACGGCACUGCGGUCGAGCAGAACAGACUAAACUUUGCCCAGGAGAAGCAGAGCAGCACCUGUGACAAAGGUCUGCGUGCAUGAACUGUGACGAACAGUGAGAUCAAAAAGGGAAACAGCUGACUUGCUUGAGGUGGAUGCAGAGCCCAGGCCUCCCAGUGUUACAUCCCGCUGUGGCGUCGUCUCAGCGCAGCAGAACUCCCCACGGCAGACCCAAAGUGCUUUUUAACUGCCAUCGCGCAACAAAUGUGGUAAAGGUUGACAUGUACAUCUCCCUCAGGGCAGCUAACUUUUAGAUACUAUAUGGAUAUUUUAUUAUGAAGUCGGGAGCGUUUUGUCAUUUUUAUAAUUUUCUUUAUAAUUAUUAUUGUUAUGGUCCGUGUGUAAAUCUCAAGUUCGCCUUAGACUUGAACUGGAAUAUUGAUAAGGAAAGGCCAAGCCGGUCGUUUUGUAACUUUUGUAUUUUGUGAGAGUGAGUUUGGGUUGAUUGUGGAAGCGAGCAGAAAGUGGAACAGGGCAACCUCAAAUCAAAGACAGGUACUAGGUGUUAGUAGUUUAUGAAGACUGUACAAGAUGUUGAUCAUCACUCAAGGGCUUCUCUCAAGUGUCCCCUUUUCUUUUUGUCUUUAAUGUCAGAGUCGGUCCUGAACCGGUUGCUUUUCCAAUCCUUGAACAUGUGGCCUGUACGGCGAAGCCAGUUUUAGGCCAUCUUUGAAGCAUUCCUACUUAUAAUUUCUAUACUCUUACUUUGGUUUAAAGUGAGACUUCUGAACCAAUCAAACCCUUUCCUCCUUUAGGUUUCCUUGGUUCCUGUGCUGUCUAGAAUUAGAUUUUAGUAUUUUUUUGUAUUAGUCUGACUAUGAAAAAAAAAUUGUAUUUUCAGAUUUUAUCUGCUGUCCUGCAUUGUCUAAACCAGGGGUCACCAACAUGGG